AAAACACCUCAGUCGAUCGGAGAAAAGUCACAGUAAAAUAUUCCGAUAAUGGUUCAGCCGCGUUUCGUCCGUCCGACGCAGUCAUCACCUUCCUCCGACGCCGGAGAACCCAAUUCAUCCAAUCUCUACGUCGCUAAUUGUGGACCGGCGGUUGGACUAUCACACGACGCAAUCGCGGCGGUGUUCGCUGAUUUUGGUGAAGUGAAAGGCGUCUACGCAGCGGACGAGAGCGGCGUUCGUGUCAUCGUAUCUUUCGCGGAUCCUUACUCGGCGAAAGCUGCUUUAGAAGCAUUGAGUGGUCGGCCAUGUCCGGACCUUAAAGGACGGACUUUGCAUAUUCGAUAUUCAGUUCUUCAAUUAGCUUCCGAGACGCAAGUGAAUGAUUGUGUUCCUGUGUCUUUGGUUGAUUCAGAGUUGAAUAUACCAGGGCUUUUCCUAAUACCUGAAUUUGUCAGUGUCGAAGAAGAACAGCAAUUGCUUGCAGCUGUUGAUGCUCGGCCUUGGAUUGGUCUUGCCAAACGACGUGUUCAACACUAUGGAUAUGAGUUUUGUUACGGGACACGAAAUGUUGAUACCAAGAAGCGACUAGGCGAGCUUCCAUCUUUUGUUUCUCCUAUACUCGAAAGAAUCUCGUUGUUCCCGAACCAUGAUAUCGACCCAUCAAGCUUGGAUUUGGACCAAUUAACGGUAAAUGAGUACCCAUCUGGGGUGGGUUUAUCCCCUCACAUUGACACACAUUCAGCAUUUGAAGAUUGCAUUUUCAGCCUUUCAUUAGCUGGUCCUUGUAUUAUGGAAUUCAGAAGAUACUCUGUUUCAACAUGGAAAGCCUCAACUGCCGAUGCUGAGAAGUUGGGUGACUCCUCUUGCAUCAAGAAGGCUUUAUAUCUUCCUCCUCGAUCUAUGCUAUUAUUAUCCGGGGAAGCACGCUAUGCUUGGAAUCAUUACAUUCCACAUCACAAGAUUGACAAGGUGAAGGAUAAAGUUAUUAGAAGGAGUCCCAGAAGGGUAUCUUUCACAAUACGAAAGGUGAGAAAUCAUCCCUGCAGGUGUAAGUAUCCACAGUACUGUGACUCUCAGCAACAAAGAUAACUGAAGAAGAUACAAAUGAAAUGAAGAAUAUGUUAUAUAGAUAAACAAGAUGCCUAUGGAGAAGAAGAAGAAUAACCAUUUUUGUAGUUGUUUACUCUUAACUAUCAGACUAGAUUUGAAUGUUGUAUUAUUUUUGAUAACCAAAUUGUUACUCAUUGGUCCAAUUGUGCUGGAUGAAGAGAUUGCAAGAUUACUUAUGUGUUUGUAACAUAUCUAAGAUUCUAAUUAUCUUAUACUCUGUCUA